AGAUGUGAUUUUUCCAGAUAUUAGUGUUUUUUGCAAAGUUGCAUUUUCUGCCCGAGUAUUUAUAUAUAUGCAAAUAUUUAAUUUUUAAAAAACUUUGAGUUUUCUAAAAUCCUGACAUGGGUGCUAACUUAAGUGCAGACGAAGAGAAAAGCAGCAACAUUUGCAUCACCGAACCGGGUGGAGAGCCCAUCGGGAGUAACAAUUCCAUCACGUUUAUGAUCAAUGGAAAUCCAUACACUGUCCACCCUGCGUCGGACAAUUUAGGUCCUCACGACCGACUCGUGGACUUCAUUCGCGACAAGGCGGGCCUUCGUGGGACUAAAAGCAUGUGUCGAGAAGGAGGAUGUGGGGCAUGCAUCGUAAGCUUAAAGACGGUAAACGCUACCGGGGACACUGUGGUUCGCGCUGCAAAUUCAUGCCUCAUCCCGACCUUAAGCUGUGAUGGUUGGGAUAUUACCACGGUGGAGAACAUUGGGAAUGCCCAGGAAGGAUAUCAUGAGAUACAGAAACGCCUAGCCAACUUUGGAGGAACGCAGUGUGGAUUCUGUACCGGAGGAGUAAUUAUGAACAUGUACAGCCUGAUGGAGUCCAAGAAAAUUCUGAAAGCCAAACAUAUUGAAAACGGCUUUGAUGGAAACAUUUGCCGUUGUACCGGCUACCGACCUAUCCUCGACGCUUUCAAGUCCUUAGCAUCCGACGCUCCGGAGGAACUGUUAAGAAAAUGUGAGGCAAUGGAUAUUGAGGAACUUGGAGUCCAGUGUUCACUUCGGAAACAAGAGUCUGAAACCCAAUGCACCCACACGAAUGGAUCACCUGCUAAGCAGUGCGACGUUCUGCUCAGUAUACCGACUGGAGAAGAAUGGGUGAAAGUGACGACUAUCGAGAAGGCUUUUGAAGCUUUAGAGAACUUUAAGCAGGCUGGUAAAAUUGCCAGAAUUGUGGCCGGGAACACAGGAUCAGGAGUUUUCAAAGACGACAUGAAACAAUUCAAAGCAUUCGUCGACAUUGGAAACACUGAAGGACUGAAAACUGUGGAAGUUGGACCUGGAAAUUUAGUUCUUGGAGGAUGUGUAACACUGACUCGUGCCAUCAUUGCAUUAAAACAGGCUGCCAAAGUGUCUGGAUUUGAAUACGCAUUACCCUUGAGCAAACAUAUUCAGAGGAUUGCAAAUGUAGCAGUUCGCAAUGUUGGAACUUUAGCUGGGAAUCUAAUGUUGAAGCGGAAUCAUCGAGAAUUUCCUUCCGAUCUGUUCACAAUUUUCGAAACUGUUGGUGCACAAAUUUCAAUUGCUUCGUCGGCAACUUGCUUAGACUUAUCCACGUUGACCGAGUUCCUGACUCUAAAUAUGGAAGGAAAAAUAAUUGUCUCCAUUCAUUUUAAGCCAUAUUCGAAGCAGCAUUUUUUUCGAUCAUUCAAGAUCACUCGGCGUUUCCAAAAUGCCCAUGCAUACGUCAAUGCUGGAUUCUUUAUGAACGUUGACAAGACCAAUAACAAUUUCAAAAUUAUUGAUAAACCACGCAUUGUGUUUGGAGGAAUAAGCACCGAGUUUGCACAUGCGAAAAACACGGAAUUAUUUAUCUCCGGAAAAUCCCUCAAAGACCAAACUGUCGUGAAAGGUAUUAUGGACGUUUUGGCACAGGAAGUAAAUCCUGAUGUCAACCCAGCCGAAGGAUCUGUCCAGUACAGGAAGCUUCUCACUCAAACUUUAUUAUACAAAUGCAUUCUGGACAUUAUCGGACCUUCCGCCACUCCAGAAUUACAAUCUGGAGGAAAGAACAUUAAGAGAAAUCUGACGCAUGGGAUGCAAACUUAUGAUACCGACAAAUCCACGUGGCCAAUAAAUAAACCUGUUCUAAAAUUGGAAUCCCUUCCCCAAGUUUCUGGAACAGCAGAGUACAUCAACGACAUAAAUCCACAAUUUGGAGAACUUUUUGGAGCAUUUGUUUUGAGCACGGUGGCCAAAGCGGAUCUUAAAGGCAUUGACCCCUCUGAGGCUUAUAAAGUCCCUGGAGUUGUUCGCUUCAUCAAAGCCAGUGACAUCCCUGGAACCAAUAACUACAUGAUAUUCUCCAAAUCAGCAGAGGAAGUGUUUGCCACGGAUAAAGUUUACUAUGCUGGCCAAGCAGUAGGAUUAGUCAUUGCCGAGACACAGCUUGCUGCAUUUGAGGGAGCCAAGAAGGUCAAAGUUGAGUAUGGAAAUGUGGAAAAGGGCGUUAUGAGCAUUCGCCAAGGAAUUCGUCGUGCAGAAAAUGACGGCUCGUACGACAAACUAUUUACGACAGUCGUUAAAAGCUCGCAAACCAGUGACAAAGCUUCAAAGCAAACACUCAAGGGAGAGUUCGCCAUCGGAGCUCAGUACCACUUUCAGAUGGAAACUCAGAUAGCAAUUUGUCAUCCUCGCGAAGAUGGGAUGGAUGUCUACUCUUCGACACAAUGGAUUGACCUGAUCCAAGCAUCCGUGGCGUCUGCACUAAAAAUCCAAAAUAAUGAAGUCAACAUUCAGGUGAGACGAUUGGGUGGUGCGUUUGGGAGCAAAAUCACUCGUUGCAGUCAAAUAGCGACAGCCUGCGCGGUGGCUGCGCAGGUUGUUAAUCGUCCUGUGAGAGUCGCCCUGGAUUUAGAAACUAACAUGAAAAUGAUCGGCAAGAGGAAUCCAUAUUUAAUGAAAUAUGAGAUGGAAGUUGACGACAAGGGACAAAUCCUUAGUUUAAAGGGGAAAAUAUUUAGUGACCCUGGCAUGUCUGCUAAUGAGGAGACAGCAGAAGCUGGGAUCUCAUUUUUUCAAUCAAUGUACCGAGCAAUCGGUUGGGAACUCGAGCCUGUAAAUAUCAUUACAUCGACCGCACCCAACACCUGGUGCCGAGCCCCAGGGUCAACUCCAGGGAUUGCUUUGGUUGAAAACUUGAUGGAACAUAUUGCAUUCCAAUUGAAGUUGGACCCACUGGAGGUCCGGCUUGCUAACAUGAUCACGUCUGGAGACAAAUUGAUUUCUACAUGCGAAGUCGAAGGAACGAUGGAGGGAGACAACUUAAUUCCCAGAAUGCUUGAAGAAAUAAAAACUUCUGGCAGUAUGGAAGAGAGGAAGAAAUUUAUUGCAGAUUUUAAUAAGUCAAAUCGUUGGCGAAAGCGAGGAAUGGCCAUUGUUCCGAUGAGAUAUCCGCUUGAAUAUUUUGGCGACAUGAAGUAUCCUGCUUAUGUAGCAAUUUACAAGAAUGAUGGCACUGUUGUAGUCUCGCAUGGGGGUAUUGAAUCUGGCCAAGGAAUUAAUACCAAGGUAGCCCAAGCGGUGGCAUUGGAAUUGGACAUUCCAAUGGAGAAAAUACGAAUCAAGCCCACUUACAAUUUUGUGACUCCAAACUCCAGUACCACUGGAGGUUCCAUCACUAGUGAGCUGUGUUGCUUUUCUGCUCAACAAGCUUGCAAGGAGCUUAAAGCUAGAAUGGCUCCAAUAAAAGAAAAGUUUAAACCGAAAACAUGGCAAGAAUUGGUUACACUCUGUAACAAAAAUCAUGUCCAUCUCAGUGCGUCAUACAUGCCAAGCCCGAAAGAUAACCUCAAAGAGUACCACAUUUGGGUCGUGAAUUUAACUGAGGUUGAAAUUGACGUGUUGACUGGAGAAUACAAGAUUGUACGAGUGGACAUUGUUGAAGACGCAGGAAACAGCUUGAAUCCUGCAAUUGACGUGGGACAAGUGGAAGGUGCUCUAAUCAUGGGAAUUGGAUAUUGGACAACGGAGAAACUAAUUUAUGACGACGAAACAGGUCAACUUUUGAGCAACGGAACUUGGCUCUACAAACCUCCUUUGCCAAAAGACAUACCUGAAGAUAUGAGAAUUACUCUUUUAAAAAAUGCACCAAACCCCAUUGGGAUUUUGCGAUCAAAAGCCACCGGUGAACCACCUCAAUGUUCGGCGGUUGCAGUAUUAUUCGCACUAAAAAAUGCUAUCUAUGCUGCUCGACAAGAUGCAGGUCACGAUGAGUGGUUUGAACUAGACGGGCCGGUUACUGUAGAAGACGUUUUGGUCAAUUGCUUAACUUCAUCAAGUCAGUUUAAGCUGUAAUAAUUUUCUUUCAUGUAAAUCAAUAUAAACAAAUAUUAAUAAAAGAGACUUUUAAGUA